UCUCAGUAUAAAGAAUACAGACAAGAAAAAUCCAAAAAAAAAAAGAAAAAAGAGCCAAAACGCAAUCCAGAUAUAUAUACUAUUUAUCCCUAACAUGUCUAAUUUUCUCCUUAUAUCCCCCUUAAACUAAUACCAAGCGCGGAUGCUAACCCACAUACACGGAGUAUCCUAGAAACAAACUUGGUUUUCGGGCAAAUUUUUCAAUAAUAUAGCCUGGGAAUCAACGUUUGUUUCUCGCGCUCCGUCAAUAAAAGUUGUCUAGAAUGUCGAAGAAGAAAGUUAAAAUGUUCCAAAACGAGCCCAUCCUGCACAAACUGCAGUAAGGCUGCUCGAGAAUGUCUAUAUAUAGGCCCACGACUAGACGAAGCUAGCCAAAUGCGCUUAGCUGAAAUCAAGGAGAAGCAGGGAACUCUCGAGCGAGAACUCGAGCGCGAUGUCGCAAAGUUUACUACGUCGAAGAGCAUGCUACAGCAGCGAAGUAUUGCCGACGAUGUUGCAGGUGAGGACGGCGAAGAGGGCGAUCUAGAAGCUACGCCUCUUGCAGCUCUAGAUGUUACGUAUGAAGAUGAUGCCGAUGGGGCGGGUGAUAUGAUAGACCUGGGGAUCCAGAUCGGAAAGAUGCGCAUCACCGAAAGGAUAGGCGGUCUCUCGCGACCUAGAAUAUCUGAAGAAAUCUCGGCGGGCAUCUCGGGCUCGCAACUUUCGGGCCCGCAACAUCUGCAGCAUGGAGGGCAGACGUCUGGGACCGAAGACCUACCCGCAUUCCUAAAGCCAGGAGAUCAAUAUAUAGUACCUACUUCUGGCUUCUUUUUCGGUCAGUUGGGAGAGCCGCCGUCUAUUCUCCAAUUUUUACCGUACAGGGCCGCUGCAGAUCAGUUAAUGAAGCAGUAUUUUACUUGCGUUCAUCCCAUAGCUCCUUGCGCUCACAGGCCGACGUUAGAGGCUACCUAUUCAACAUUCUGGGAGGAAAUUAAUGCAGGAUAUGAACCCCGACCUUCGAUGCAAGCUGUAAUCUUCGGGGCUAUGUUUAGCGGAGCCAUUAGCAUAGAUGAGAAUACGCCCGAGUUCGCCGGAUAUCCCAGAGCAAGCUGGGUUUCCAGCCUCAAGAUGGGCACCGAAACUGCGUUAAGUAAGGCUAACUUUUUACGGACUACCAAGGUAGAAACGAUGCAGGCGUUUAUUAUGUAUAUGAUUCCCCUUUGCAGGGGUGAAGUAUCACGGGCUCAUUCAGUACUUGUUGGUGCGGCAGUAAGGAUGGCUGAAUGCAUGGGUUUACAUCGCGACGGUGAAGCAUACGGCCUUACACCUCUUGAAACGCACGUUCGGCGUUUGAUAUGGCACCAAUUAUGCUUCCUUGAUAUACGCACUUGUGAAGCCCAAGGACCGAAGCCGGUGAUUAGGAAAGAAGACUACGAUACGAAAUUGCCUCUAAACUGCAAUGAUGAAGAGCUUACACACGCUAUACGGGCGCCAGAGCCGUCAGACACAUGGACUAACAAUACUCUGGCAUUGAUACGUUUCGAAAUUAACGAAAUAAUGCGUGUCAUAUGGCUCGAUAGGCGGAGACUCGAGACCCGCCGAACUACGUUAACAGCUGUGCUCACCAAGAUCGAAAACUUCAGACGGAGGAUGUCAGAGAAAUAUGAUCGUCUUCUAGAUGUUACACAGCCGAUUCAAAGGUAUGCGAAGUGCGUCAUGUAUCUGUUGACAUACCGCCUUCACGUCAUGAUCUUGCACCCAUAUCACUCAAAUGCUGCCAACCCAAUGCCGCCGCGACUGAACCAACUUCUUAUUACCUCUGGCAUCAUGAUCGUCGAGCUCGCAAUCCAGCUCGAGACAAACUCUAAUUUUAAAGAUUGGGCGUGGUAUCUUGGUGCUUAUUUUCAAUAUCAAAUCGCGCUGUUAUUAGCGACCGAAGUUUAUUUCAGGCCGCAGUCUCGCGAUGCCGACCGGAUAUGGUCGUGCUUAGACUACGUUUUUGGCAUGGACCGCAGGCUUCCACCCGAAGCUAAGGCUGUUCAGCUCCUUUCCGAGAUACAAAACAAGACAGCAGUAUACAUGCGCAUGCGAAAGAUGCGUGGGCCCACGAGCCUCUCGCAGGCUAUCCCUGGACAAAAUGUCGUCGCGGGUACCUCAAGGCCGUCGCCGCCUCUGCAAAAUCACCCACACAUGUCGGCGGUGGGAAUGGCUCCGGACAUACCGAAGGUUGAGCCGGGAUAUACCCCACCGAUGCCGGCUGGGCCUUCGGGGCCACAAUCACAGAUGGUGUUUGCUGGCGUAUCGGAUGGGCAGGCAUUGUGGAGCUUACCACCAAAUCACGCAAGUCCCGGGAGCGAUAGCUCGAGCAUAGAGCACGGGGGCCAGCGGAUCGCCACACCAGGGACGAGAAGUGGGGCGGGGAUAGGUCAAAGUGGUAAUAUCAUGGAUAAUAUUGAUUGGGAUACGAUCAACUCACUAUUUCCUAAUGAUCCGCAAACGGGCGGGCUAAGCAUACACGGAUUCAACGACCCGAAUUUUGGUGUUGCAGGUUGGAGUACUUGAUAGGAAUAGGACAACAACUUGGGUUUCUCUAUUCUUCUUUUUUCUCCCCUCUUCAUCUUCGAACUAGACGAUGAUAUGAAGCAAUUCGUAGUAGUAGUAGUAGUAGCAGGAGCAAAGCGGUCACUUGUAUUUUUUGCUUCUUUUUUUGUAUAUCGGUUCGGGAGCUGGAGGGCAACAAACAAAUACCUAACGAGACACGGGGGACUGGAGAUAUAUCAUUGUGUUAGAAACUUUGCACUCGCUUCAGAGGGAAACUCUUUAUUAGAAAAAGAAAAAGAAAAAGAAAAGAAAGAAGAGAAAAGAAAAAUGUAUCCUCAACUUGUGAGAAGUAUAGUUGUCUAUGCUUGUUUAAUUCUAAAUAUGUGAUAAAGGAGCAGCUAUAUAUUAUACUCCAAUUAAAUCUCCC